GUCCUGCGUCGUUUUUUUUCAUCGGCAGACGAACGCUAUACUGUGGCUGCUUUGGCCGCAGCGGCGUUGAAUCGCGUGUUGUCUCUACAACUCGCCUACAGUGGAAGCAAUAGCAUGGUUCCCUUUACGGUUGUCAUGGCCUGUUCAAAAGCGCCUGCGGAUGUGUUGGGUGAAGCGUUGCAAAUUAUUUCUGAAGCCUCAACGGCCCCUAAUGAAUUGCUGAAUCAUCAACGUGCGGCGGUGCGCCAAUGCCUUAUCUUGUUAAAGACGGCAAUUACAGUGAAGGAGGAGGAAGGUCUAGACAGUCUCUUUACCUUCGAUGCCAGAACCGCAAGCAACACGGAGCUCGCUGUUCAAUUACUUCCGUUGAGUGCCAGUGUUGACAGUCUUCUUGCCAGGAAGGCGCUUCAACUUCUCUUGUUGAUUCCGCAGCCUACUCUCAGUCAGGCGGCACGCCAUUGGUUUAUUCGACCAGACGCUCUGGAGGCCGUCAUUACACCGUUUGUAACGGCACUGCGUCUGGAAGCUGUCAGUAGUCCCAUCAUCCACGUCCCGCCUGCACUUGCCGUUUUGGACCACGAUGAGGUGCAGCUGAUGCUGCCCCAUGCCGAGGUGGAAACAAAAUCCCUCAUUUUAGAUCUUCUUAUCCAGAAUGCAAGAGCCCCUCAGACCUCCAUCACCUCUUGGCUCUGCGGCUAUCCGUUGUAUGGUUCCUCAGAGGAGUUGUUGGCCGGCUACUGCCUCGAACCCGUAAUUGUGGGAGCCAACAGUCGAGAAGUUGAGGUGGCAUAUCCACACAUUGCUGUGAAAUAUGUAAAGCUCGUGUAUCUUCUUCGCGCCAAUCCGUCUCUUAGCACCCCUAGCCUUCAGCGUCUAAUGAGACGAAGUGGAAAUGAAGAGAUGUUUUAUUUUUUACAAACGUUACGCCCGGAUCAAUGCUCCCCGCUCGUACUGAACAAAUAUGCAUUUGUCAUGAAGCUGUUGGCGCUUGAUGUCUUUAGCAUUGGAACAAAGAAACCAGAAGAAUUGCAUGUUUCUCUGCAUUCGACACCCAAUUCCAGUUUGUUGGAAGUCCUCUUUUUGCUGCUGCAUGUUUCACCCCCGUCGAUGUCAUUGAAAUCAGAGGAAUAUGUUUCACCAGGUGUCAUUGCUGGCCAUGACCAGAGUGUGACUGUGGAUUUUGCGCAGUGGCCGUCAUUCUGUUUAAAAUCUCUCCCAUUGUUUCCAACGAAUUGUGUGGCUCCUGGCGGGGCUGAGGGUUACAUCUUCCGUGCUAAUGAUAGCACCCCGCAGUAUUCGAUUCCUCUGCUUUAUGAAGCAUUUCAGAAGGAGAGUCAAUUAAACAACAAACGAUCUCUUUCUCAGAAGGAAAUUCGAGAGCGACUCAGUGUCUUUGUUCGGGCCAACGAGUGUCUCGCCGCAUAUGCCGGUGGUGUGCAAUUUAUAGAUGGCUGGUGCAGCCUGGCAAAAAUUGCGGUAACCGUACUCGAUAAGAUACAGCAAGAACAUAUUGUGUAUUUGGCACAGUGUGUGUUGGAAGGAGUUCAACUGACAUCGUCCCUGACGGUGGCGGCUCAGGAACAAAUUGUGUAUCCGCUCAGUCAAACUCUUUCAACGCUCAUGGCGCAGCUGAAACGAAAGGCAGCGGUAACUCAUGACGGGCCUCAAGGCUUUCCCUCUAAAAACGGUGCACAAGGGACAAUUCUGGCGUAUGGGUCAAGGUUUGGAGAUGAAACCAUCAUGGACGAAAAUGUUAGUUUCUCGCGACGUGCACGACCGGAUACAACGGAUGUUUUACAAACAUCAGCAGUUUCACAAACGGCAAAGAGUAGCCUUGUGGAGAACUUUAACAGACUUUCACGCGCUGUUAAGAGAGAUCUCACUGGUGCUAUAAUUGAGAGCAAGCAAGAAGCUACCGAAAUGUUUGAUCGCUCUUUGAUUAGCCUGGAGAAUUUACAAUUGCUGAAAUCCCUUUUGGUGACAACUGUGCAGUGGGGUUCACGUGUAACCAUGGCGCGGCAGCAUUUUUAUGGCGCUAUGAUGGCUUUUCUUGGAACUCCCGGCGUUUCACCAGAUGAUAUCACACUUCAACGCCAUUACACUGCGCUAUUUGAUGUGCUGGUGCAAGAUAUAACCACCUCUUCUUACGGUGGAAAUAAAUUGUCGGCCUUGGCCCUUCUUGGUCAAUUAUUGCACCUUUCGCCACAGCUCUGUGAGAUGCUGUGUAUAUCGUCUACUAGCGAUGGUACGAGUCCACAGUUGAUGACAUGUAUAAUAAGUGCAUUUCAGACAAUCGAUGAAUCUAUUUCCGCUCUCUUUGCGCAUGGAGGGACAGAAGCUGCUUCUAUUUUGUGGCUUGCGCAAAUCGUAUUUGACGUAUUGAUGAUAAUUUCUCAGAAACAUGCCAUUCGACUGACUCAAAUCAAUGCCCUAUCGUACUGUACCGCCAUGCGGGCCUGGAAAAUGAGUGCACGGGUUUUAUUGGGGCACACGACCUGUGAAAAUGAUGCCGCUGCGUAUGGCCUGGAAAACAUUGACGCGUAUAGGGAAGUCGUUAAAAGUGUUCUUUUGCUUGCGACACGUUGGUUUAAUGUUGUUUUGUCCGCACUGGACAACUCAGAGGCCGCUCUUCUGCCGGUUGCCGAAUUUGUGCGCUCCAAUCAACUGCUGUUUCAGAGCGUGUUGAGCUCGCCCUAUUUGGACUUUCACCGGCGACACGUUGACUUGCUGACGCUGGACCUCUUUUCUGAGAUUGGCGGGAUGCUUUACCGUCUGUCCUGCUCGCCACUCGUGGAUGAGUGUCGUGCAUUGGCCCACUUGUUUGCUCUCCCCGAUCUUCUUGCCGUUCUCACGAAAAGUGAGUUCACCGAAAGCCCUAUUUUUAUCACUGGCAACACGACAGCACCCGUGUCGGUGUCAUCGCAACUCACUGUCAAGCAGACGGGCUCUCUGCCUUCGCCAACUCAACGCCAACAGAUAUACGUCGCUGUGCAAAACAUUUUGCAAUUUUUGUUGAGAGCGGAAAACUUGGGGGCACUCUUUGCCACGUGGGGAGAAAAUGGAACUGCUGUUAUGAAUGCUGAAGGUGCAGUUGUAGAAGAGCAUCCACCGCGUCUCUGCGAUGAGGCACGGAACCGGGUUCUGAUGGUCACCAUCACUGAGCAGGUGGUUGUCAUUAUGGAGAAAUUCCAUCAUGGUGAAGUGGUACAGGCGGUAGAUUUUAUACCACAUCUUGUCGCCCUUCAUUCCCUCGUUCUUUUUUUGCAUGCCUUUCUGUUAUUGGAUCGGGCGGCAUACGUAAAAGACGCGAAGAGUCAGUGGGGCUCCAUUGUGCACGCGUUGGAAGAGGCUCAACGGGUUGUGAAUUUGUGGAGGGCCUUCCACUCCGACUACCUCCGAGGACUGCGGGUCACUCGAGUGGGUGGCGAUCGGUGGAGUGUGGCAGCGCCAUCGGUAAGCAAUCAAUCCGUAUUCCCGGCAAUCUCAGCACCCCCGCAGGAUGAUACUAGUUGCCGCACAAACAUUUAUCACCAACAUCUCAUAGACACCCCAAUGCGACAGAGUCUGAAGCAGAAAACAGAUAGUGCAAUGGAGCAGAGCUUCACAAACCAGCUUUCUACGGUCACUCUUCCGGCUGCUGGUAGUGGAGCAAUGCAACUCGGUACGACGGUGGAUGCCGCUUCCCUGGCAUUCGACGCAGUCACACUCCCCCCGGCUGCUGGUGACGCCUCUAUCGGUGCGUUGACGGAAACUACACGUCGAAAUGAGGUGGCACUGAUUGAUGAAGUCCGGAGUGUGUAUCCUGGGCGGAAUGACGUCCUGAUCAUGGAGUCCCUCCUGCGUCAGUUGAGGGUGUCGAUCUCCAACGCUUUGCGUCUCGCCUCACGUACCUAA